UCAAAUUUGGGUCGCUUGUAACCGUCCGUUAAAGUCGUUGCCCUGGUUCGGCUAACGGAUGCUAACGUUACCUCACACAUAAACCUCACAGAAGUUACAGGGUUUGGUGGUCAGGUCUGUUAAAAAUCGAUACAUGACGUUUAGUUUGGUCUGUUGAUGCUGGUUGCCGGGGUAGCAAAAUGAGCUGGUGGGUCAAUCUACACUACAAUGGCGCUUUACGUUAGCCACCUGCUAAACCCGGGUGGAGUUUGUUUAGUUUGUGUGAGAUCAUAUUUGAUUGACCCUCUUGAUGAAGAAUACAAUCAUUUAAGUCUUAUGGUUUUGGAUGCAUGUAUGUUAGCUAUCUUUUACUGGCAAAUGAAUGUUUUGCUAUAUAAAUUGUGUGUAAAUCAGUUUAGAGAGAUUGAUGCUGGAUUUGUCCAAAUAAGCUGGUUACAUUAGAUUGGUAUGUAUAGUGACAUGAGCUUUAAACCAACAAUAAGAUUUUGACACCACUCCAAAGCCCUAACUUGACCUUAGUCACUGACAUGAGAUAAUGCAUCCCCAGAUUUUCCAUAUUUAUGAUAAUCUGGCAUAUUUAUCUGGACAGGUUACUGUUUUGCAAGUGUCAUGAUUUGUUGAUGAACAGCAAGUCUUUUGAAACUUUAUGAUUUGGCAUCCUCUGUCCCAGUGUUUGAACUCAUCCUGGUUGGGACUUUUAUAAUGAGGAGUAUAUGACAGUCAUUCUGUGAUGCCAACUAAACCAAUUAUUAAACAUUGCUGCAUGCAGCAAUUAAAGGGCCUACAGGCCAAUCUGAGCUACAGGAACCAUAGGACCCACAUUGCAGCUGUGGCAUACAGUACAUUGCAAAUGCACACUGGUUUAUGAGUCUCCCCAAGUAAGGUUCAAACCAGUGGUGUAGUUGGGGCCAUACGCAUGUAUACGCUAUAUGCUUACUUUUUUCCCAGGGCUGUUUGUGUAUAACAACUUCUAAGGAUCAAUAUUUGUGUGUACUUGCUUGUUUUGCUGCUUCAGAAGUCCAUAAUCUACUGUCGUGUUAGUUUCCCUUUAACUGUAUUCAAUGUUGUUUUGUGAAAGUGGAGAUUCUUUGUUGUAAUUGGUGUAUUAUCACUUGAAUUCUAUCAUUCCCCUCCCCUGACAACUGCUGUCACUGGCAUCAUCGACUGAGGGAAUUCAUGCCAGUGAUUGGAGAGAGAGAGUCACCCUCAUGCUGAAGCAGUAUCAGGGCGAAUACAUCAGGCCAUGGUGACCUCCUUAAAUGAAGAUAAUGAAAGUGUUACUGUGGAAUGGAUAGAAAAUGGAGACACUAAAGGAAAAGAGAUUGAUUUGGAGUGCAUAUUCUCAUUAAAUCCAGAUGUUGCCCCAGAGGAGGAGAUUUCUUUGAGUCCUGUAACCCCACCACCUCCUACACCCAGCUCUGUAAAGGUCAACAAAAUCCCUAAGAAUCGUAGAACUAUUGCACCUGGAAGGAGCGAAAUACCAUCCAGAGACAACAGAGUUGUCUCGAGUCGAGCACGGCCGGCCCAGCAGCAGGCAGAAUCGGCACCUCCUCCACCAGCACAACAGCCCUCUCAGAUCACACAGAACCAGACCCAAAGUCAGCUAACUCAGCAACAACAAAAUGCAGCGAGGAGGAAGUCGAAUUGUGUGAAGGAAGUGGAGAAGUUGCAGGAGAAGAGGGAGAGACGUAGGCUACAGCAACAGGAAUUGAGAGAGAAGAAAGCACAGGAGACUGAUACAACCAUUCCAAACUAUGAAAUACUGCAGAUGAUCAGAGACUUCAGAGCAAGCCUGGACUAUCGGCCUUUAACCACAACAGAUUUGAUUGAAGAGCACCGAAUAUGUGUAUGCGUAAGGAAACGUCCCCUUAAUAAAAAAGAGUUGACAGUAAAGGACCUAGAUGUGAUCACUAUUCCAAGUAAAGAUGUUGUCAUGGUCCAUGAACCGAAACAGAAGGUGGACCUGACUCGAUACCUAGAGAAUCAGACAUUUCGCUUUGAUUAUGCCUUUGAUGACAGUACAACAAAUGAAAUGGUUUACAGGUUUACUGCAAGACCUCUUGUGGAAACUAUCUUUGAUAGAGGAAUGGCCACAUGCUUUGCUUAUGGCCAAACAGGAAGUGGAAAAACUCAUACCAUGGGUGGAGAUUUUUCUGGAAAGAACCAGGAUUGUUCAAAAGGAAUCUAUGCAUUAGCUGCUCGAGAUGUUUUUCUCAUGCUGAAGAAACCAAACUAUAAGAAGCUGGAUCUUCAGGUUUAUGCAACUUUCUUUGAAAUCUACAGUGGAAAGGUGUUUGACUUGUUGAAUCGUAAGGCUAAGCUGCGUGUGCUAGAGGAUGGGAAACAGCAGGUGCAGGUGGUUGGGCUUCAGGAGCGAGAGGUCAAAUGCACAGAGGAUGUCCUCAAACUCAUUGAAAUGGGUAACAGUUGCAGAACGUCAGGUCAGACCUCAGCCAAUGCCCACUCGUCCCGUAGCCACGCCGUCUUCCAGAUCAUUCUGCGAAGGAAGGGCAAAAUGCAUGGCAAAUUCUCACUCAUUGAUCUGGCUGGUAACGAGCGUGGAGCGGACACGUCCAGUGCUGACCGGCAGACUCGUUUGGAGGGAGCUGAGAUUAACAAGAGUCUGUUGGCUCUAAAGGAAUGUAUCAGAGCUUUGGGCCGUAAUAAACCUCACACCCCAUUCAGAGCGAGCAAGCUCACACAGGUCCUUAGAGACUCAUUUAUCGGAGAGAACUCCAGGACAUGCAUGAUCGCCACCAUCUCUCCUGGUAUGGCCUCCUGUGAGAACACGCUGAACACUCUGAGAUAUGCCAACAGAGUAAAGGAGUUUGGUAUUAGCCCCUCUGACAUUCCCUUCUCUCAGGGGGCAGGAAGUCGCUCUGAACCCUCUCCCACUUAUGAAGUGAAGGAGCUGACUGUGGAUACCAAUGCAGUGACGGAAGGCGGUCGCCCCAAUGCCAACGCCAUCAACCAACUUGACAUCAUGGAUGAGGAGUGGGAUUUGGGGAAUUCCCCUCAGAGAGAUGACCUCAAGCUACUCUGUGAACAAAAUGAAGAAGAAGUCUCCCCUCAACUCUUCACAUUCCAUGAGGCUGUGUCUCAGCUGGUAGAGAUGGAGGAACAGGUUCUGGAGGACCACAGGGCUGUGUUUCAUGAGUCUAUCAGGUGGCUUGAGGAUGAGAAAGUUCUCCUGGAGAUGACAGAGGAGGUGGACUAUGACGUGGACUCCUACUCCGCCCAACUCGAGCAGAUUCUUGACCAGAAGAUCGAGGUCCUUAUUGAGCUAAGAGAUAAAGUAAGGUCGUUCCGGUCGGCACUCCAAGAGGAGGAACAAGCCAGCAAGCAGAUUAAUCCCAAGCGGCCACGUGCACUAUAGUCUGGAACGCACUCUCGCAGUGGAAUGACAAAUACAAGAGACCUGUAUGCUUCUUGAUAGUAUUCACAAGUGUUCUGAAGAAACUCUUUCCUAUUUUUCCAUGUGAAAAAAAUUAAAGCGUUAGAUAAUUCUCUUACAAAUCUGCAGAGAAUAAAGAAGAGGAAUUUGCUUGUCGUUAAAACUCUUGAUGAAUGACGAUUUUGAGGAGAAAAGCUUUAGAAUUGUUUUCCUUUUUUAUUAUUAGUAUUGAUUUUAUUUAUUUACUUUUUCAUUGUAGGUCAAGGGUACAGACUUGUAUCAGUUGAUACUCACAUGUUCUACCCUUUUGGGUUUGUUUUUUUGUACCACUGAAAUCCUUCAUUUGAAGUUGUUCUAAAUCGUAUGCAUGUACACUCAGUAACUGAUUACCACUCCGUUUCUAGCAUGGCUGACUUGGUUCAUCUGCACUUUAAAUAACCUUGUUUUGGGGUUUGUUUUCUGUACUUGGCGCUGUGUAUAGCUGUUUUGUUGAUUGGCUGUUAUAGCAUUUUACUCCGUUUCAUCUUGCCAUUUAUUGAAAGCAUAAUAAUUGAAGUUUUAAGAUGUUCUCAAAAAAGCGUAUGAUGCACUGGGAGAGAAAUGUUGUGUGAAUGAAUGUGAGAAUUGUCAGCAGUCAUUGUCAGUUUUUGCUGGUUUGACUACUGUCCCCUUCCACAUGAUCUUGUCUUUGACGUCUCUGAUCAGUUUGUGGAAUGCUUUUGUGCCAUAUCAUGUUUCCCAUUGGAAAGAAAGUUAACAGUUUACCAAAACAGUCCUUUCUUAGUGUUUUAUUUUUCAAACUUUCAACAUUUACACAUUACCUAAUAAAAUUUGUAACUACAUGUGAAACUACAGCAAGAUUCAAAUUGCAAAUGAAUGGGGAAUGCCACUUAUCCACUGCUGAUGUUUUCAGUGUUGGCACCUCUCGGUUGCUAAAUAAAGAAUGAUUCAACAAA